CUGUUAGUAAAUCCUAGCUUUGUGACAGUGCCUUGGUGGAGCUCCAGCCGUACCCAAUUCGAUCAGCGUUAGAAGAAAGAGAAGAAGAAGAGAAGAGAAGAAAGUGAUGCCGAAGAGAACAACACACACGUACUCGAGCGAGGACGCAGCUCCAGAUGGACCUGACUCUGAUCUCUUCGUCUACUACUGCAAGCACUGUGGAUCUCACCUCCUCAUAACUGAUACCCAGUUGCAGAAAAUGCCCAAAAGGAAGACUGACAAAGCUUAUGUGUUGGACAAGAGCAAACAUCUUGCAAGGCUUAACAUUGCUGAGGCUGGAAAAGUUGUAUUGAAAAGGGGUGAGGGGAAAAUGGAGAAGCAAUUUCGUAUGAACUGUGUGGGUUGUGGACUCUUUGUUUUCUAUCGCUCAGAAGAAGAUCUGGAAGGUGCUUCUUUCAUCUAUGUUGUUGAUGGUGCUCUAAGCACGGUUGCUGCUGAAACCAACCCACAGGAUGCUCCUGUGCCACCCUGCAUUUCAAACCUAGAUGGAGGACUUGUUCAAGUGGCUAUAGAAGUGGAAGACCGUGCACAACGGUCAGCCAUCACAAGAGUGAAUGCUGAUGAUGUUAGAGUUACUGUGGCUGCACCUGCAGCUCGGGGAGAAGCAAACAAUGAACUCUUGGAGUUCAUGGGCAAAGUGUUGGGUCUGAGACUAAGCCAGAUGACUCUUCAGAGAGGGUGGAAUAAUAAAUCGAAACUCCUUGUGGUGGAGGAUUUGUCUGCUAGGCAAGUAUAUGAGAAACUUCUGGAGGCUGUUCAACCUUGAGGCUGUACAAUUUACAUGUCAAUUGUAAUGAAUGAUAAGAUCCAUUCAACUUGUAUGUUUACCCUGGACAUCGUGGACUUCAAAUUAUUCUUCUGUUAGUUGUGUUUCGUUGUAAUGCAAUGUUGCAAUGCAAAAAAUUCAAUUGUACAA